CUGGUGACAGGUGAGCGGAGCUGCAGGGAGCAGGUGCGCGUUCUCAGGCAGAGUGCAUCGCGAAGGCUCAUCUCGGGCGAUGCUCCUGCUCUGGGCCCUGCUGGCUCUCGGAUGCCUGCGGUGUGGCUGGACUGUGAACCUCCAGCCCCAACUGGCCAGUGUGACCUUUGCCACCAACAACCCUACCCUCACCACCGUGGCCUUGGAGAAGCCUCUGUGCAUGUUUGAUAGCUCAGAGCCACUCAGCGGCUCUUACGAGGUUUACCUCUAUGCUAUGGUCGACUCAGCCAUGUCCAGGAAUGUGUCUGUACAGGACAGCGCUGGCGUCCCACUGAGCACCACUUUCCGGCAAACCCAGGGUGGGAGGUCAGGCCCCUAUAAAGCUGCGGCCUUUGACCUGACCCCUUGUGGUGACUUGCCCAGCCUGGAUGCUGUUGGAGAUGUGACCCAGGCCUCAGAGAUCCUGAACGCAUACCUAGUCAGGGUGGGCAACAACGGGACCUGUUUUUGGGACCCCAACUUCCAGGGCCUCUGCAACCCACCCCUGACAGCGGCCACUGAGUACAGAUUCAAGUAUGUCCUGGUCAACAUGUCCACAGGCUUGGUGCAGGACCAGACACUAUGGUCAGAUCCCAUCUGGACCAACCGGCCCAUCCCCUACUCGGCCAUCGACACGUGGCCCGGCCGGCGGAGUGGAGGCAUGAUUGUCAUCACGUCCAUUCUGGGCUCCCUGCCCUUCUUCCUGCUCGUGGGUUUCGCUGGAGCCAUCAUCCUCAGCUUUGUGGACAUGGGCAGUUCUGAUGGGGAAAUGACACACGACUCACAGAUCACCCAGGAGGCUGUUCCCAAGACCCUGGGGACUUCUGAGCCUUCCUACUCAUCUGUGAACCGGGGCCCACCCCUAGACAGAGCAGAGGUGUUCUCCAGCAAGCUUCAAGACUGAAACAAGCCAAGCCCCGGCACCAAGCCAUGGCCACUUUUCAACUUGGCCCUGUGGUUGGCAGUGAUGGUGUUUAUGCUCUGACUGGACCAGAUGUGAAACAUGACAUCUUGGUCCAACCUCAUGAAAAAGCUAAAUAAAAUCUUAAGUGUUAAUGUCCAGAGUG